AUUUUGUUGUAUUGAUACAGAUAUGAGUAGACUGGUAAUAAACUCAUCAAGCACAGAGAACAUGGACGUGUUGCAGAAAACUACGGACUUCUUUAAAAUUCAUUAUGCGGGGGAGCACGGAAAAUUUCCAGAUGAUUUUGGACCAGUAAUUCACAUCCAGAGACAAAACGAAGGACCUUUGACCCUGUUCAUUAUAUUGUUAUUGUUCUAAUCAUAUACAUGGGAGGAAUUGCAGUCUUGAUCAUGAAGUCAGUUCAGAGAGACAACGAAGUCCGACGAUACGCCAAUUAUUACGAAAAUUUUGUAAAAAGGCCACAGUUCAAAAGACCCCAAUUACUCCCAAAUUAUACUUUGCGUAGAUCGUGGUAUAAAAGCAGAAUUCACAGAGGCUCGUGCACACCAUCUCACGUUGAAACUGUAACUGAUGUCGGCAGUGUGGAAGUGUUUGAUCUCGAUGAUCACCAUAGAUGUGAUUCUAUAUCUGCCACUGCUCAAUGUACAUUGCAUAAACAAGACAAACACUUUGACAAAAGAUCAUCGGCAAUAAUCGUGGUAAAUGCAAUGCCAGCGUCAACUCAAACUGAAAUUCAAGAUGUAUGAACAACUGAAUUCACAGCAGGAUUAACUCCGCUUCACAAAAUUGCUAAAUCAACGGCAUUUCUACGACAACCGACGUCGAGGUUUGAAACAGCAGACUCCCAGCAGAACGGCGUGAUCUUCAAGGCCUGCGUUAGCAUAUAUCGAAUUAGAUGUAGGGUUGCCUGUAUAUAUAUAUAUGUGUAAUCGAAUUAAAUCAAUGUUGUAAAUCACGUUUCCAUUGGUUUCAACUUUUACAAUCAUAUGACUAUUGAUUCAUUUUUGUCAUUUUGCAAUACGCAUGUGCUAUGUAUGUUGCGUACAUUUGGAAAUAAACUUGAGAUUUCACACACAAAUAAAAUCACACU